AUGCCAAAUGUCUUGGUUAUGUCCUUUGAAGGCUUCUCCUUCUCCUCCCGUCAGCUCUACGAGCAACUCCUACCCAAGCUCCUUUCACGCGCUGCCAUUCAUGAAUCACUUACAAUACAAGAUGCAUUGAACCAUAUAUUAUCUGGCUGGCCGAAUGUUAUACUCGUGACCGAUCCGGUCAUAGCCGAAGACAAUGAGGAGUCACAAAACCUCCUAGAAACAGUAUCAGACUACACCAAACAGCAUUGCUGCACCACCAUCCUCAUGGGUUUCUUCGCCGGGGGUGUAGGAACAGAAACACUAGACUACAUCUUCAAGCACUACUUCGAUCUGAAGUGGAAAGCCACCCCUGAAGAACCGACCACGCACGAAGCGCGGCUCGUUGCUUCAGACCAAUCACUGCUGCGUACGACGACCCUGGUCCGGAAGAUUGUGGCGAACGCUGCGUGGCUGACAGGCAUACCGCCGUCUCAAGCGGUGUAUUUUGGACCCCUUGAACAGUAUAAGGUGUAUGCCGCUUUUACCAGGGUCGGGCUGGGGAAGCUGGGAUAUAUUGGGGAUACAGGGUUUGCGGAUGAACCGGAGAGAUUGGUGUUGGCGAUGUGUCAUUUGGAUCGUCCUGAAGAUAGGGUGAGGCAUGACGAUGAAGAAAUUUUUGACAAGUAG